UUCAGUCAAGAAAUAGCUCGAGAGUUGCCGUUCACGACUACGCAGUAAUCCAGCAUUCCGGACUUGUGCGGUACAAAUCUUCUUGGUCUUACCGUCACACACGUUAGUCCUUGUUAUGUUCACGUUGAGAUUCAUAGCGAUAGCACCUGGUUCCACACGGGAACGUGCUCAUCUUCCGAUUCUUCCCCAUCAGUGCUUCAACAUUUGAUUACGUGCUGCGCCACAGUUGUUAAUGUCUUAUUUUUAUCCCUUAGCUACCGACUACCAUACGAUAAACACGACACCGGGGAUCCUUAAAAGCCAUGUAUUCUCUCAUCAAGGAGACAACGUUCCCAGAGAACACUCGGUCAUCCACCAAUGGCUCUCACCUUCUUUUGGAUCCUUGCUGUGCCCCCUCUCUUGUGCAGCGCGCUCCCGUCUACUACACCUCAUGUAGGCAUUAGCAUCCCUUUGUCGAAACGUACACCGCAGCUUUCCGUCAAUGGAGUCGUCGACCGUGAUUUCCUCAAUGCACAGGUCAACAAGGUUCAUAAUAAAAUCGCGCGGGGUUUCGCAGCAUACAAGAAGAACACAGGAAAAGUGCACCCCAGUAACACCAAGCAUAUUACUCGACGGAGCACUGGAGCCGAUGCACUGCAAGAUGAUUCUCAAGUUCUUUGGCAAGGCACCGUUCAAGUUGGAACCCCAGCUGUGAAUUUCACUGUGGACUUUGAUACCGGCAGCAGUGAUUUCUUCCUUCCUGGUCCUGAUUGCGACUCAAGCUGUGACGGGCAUACGAUCUACAAUACAUCCAGCAGCUCUUCAGCCGAGGAUCAGGACCAGAAGUUCAGCUUGGCUUAUGGUGAUGGUUCAACUGUGGAAGGGAACAUCUUUACAGACACAUUCACUAUCGCAGGGCUGACCGGAACCAAUCAAUCCAUUGGAGCAGCAACAACAUACUCCUCCGGAUUCUCCAUCGACAAUUUCCAACCAGAUGGUCUCGUCGGAAUGGCCUUCAAAGAAAUAUCCGACUUCGGCGACGACCCCGUAUUCCAAACUCUUGUCAGUCAAGGCGUAGUGACUGCGCCAGAAUUUGCGUUUGAGCUCAGCACCUCCGGCGCGGAGUUGUUCUUGGGUGGCGUCAACACGAACAAGUUUACUGGUUCUUUCACCACGAGUCAAGUCUCCAAUACUGGAUUUUGGCAGAUCAGUAUGGAUUCCGCAAAUGUUGACGGAGAAGCCGUGGUCGGGAAUUUGUCUGCUAUCAUUGAUACCGGAACCACAUUGAUUAUCGGAGACACAAAGAGCGUCUCUGAACUCUAUGAUUCGAUCAGUGGUUCCAAAGAUGCUUCGCAGACAGUAGGCGAUGGUUACUUCACCGUUCCUUGCGAUAGCAUUCCCAAUAUUAGUUUAACUUUCGGUGGAAAGGCAUUCUCGAUUAGUGCAGAUACUUUCAAUGUAGGUCAAGCUGAGCAAGGAUCGUCUGAUUGCAUUGGCGGCAUUGUCGGUGAAGACGUCGGAGAUGCAUGGGUCGUGGGGGACGUCUUCCUUCAGAACGUGUACACCUCAUUCAAUGUCGAGAACGAAACAGUAGGAUUUGCGAGUCUCGCGUAACUUGUUAGAAUGAGAAAUAUCUGGUAGUAUCUGUGAGAUAUAUAGUACAGCUCUGUAUCAAGUUCGAAUAUUCGAAGGCUAUCCAUUUUCU